AUGUCGGUCACGCUUCAUACCACCCAGGGCGACCUCAAGGUCGAGCUAUUCUGUGAAGCAGUCCCCGAAACUGCAGAGAACUUUCUCGCCCUUUGUGCCUGCGGCGCUUACAAUGAUACCCCGUUUCACCGCCUCAUUCCAGGCUUCAUGAUCCAAGGCGGUGACAUCUCCCUUGGACCAGUUGCCCGACCCUCAGCCUCCACAAAACCGGCGCUACCCUUUGAGGUCCCUAAAGGCGGCACAUCAAUCUACCAUCCCUCUGCGCUGAAUCAAGAAAUCAAUAUUCCAGCAAUCCGACACAAUGCCCGUGGUAUCCUCUCUAUGGCAGCCCGCCCCGUCAAGGACAGAACAGCACCCGGAUCACAGAAUGCCACUGGUGCGACCAUAAACGGAAGUCAAUUCUUCAUUGUUUUUGCACCUGCGCCGCACCUUGACGGCAACAGUACAGUAUUUGGGAAAGUCUUGAACCUGAGUCCACAAGAUGAGGGCGGUGAUGUUCUUUCAAAGUUGGAGAAGGCCAAUGUGAAGGUCGAUAAGAAGGGCAAGGUUUCUCAGCCGAAGGAAGGUGACGACUUUGAGGCCCUUAAGAUCCAGCGUGUCACAAUUCAUGCCAAUCCCUUUGCCAAGUGA